UCAUACUAGACAGUAAUGGAUCAGAAGUAUCUAGUAAUCGAUUAAAGAGAUCCUCUAAGUUUGUUUUCCUAUCACAUUGUCUACUGUGCCUGAGUCUGAAGUUUCUGUAAUCUUUGUUUCUCGAUUCAGAUGCCUCUUCUCCAUAUACACCAACUGGUAAAGUACAAUGUCUUAUUAUUUCUCCAGCAUGAAUCAAGAUUUUAUGAAGAGUUGCUGGCAUUGGAUACCAAGGAUACAAGCACAAAGUUAAAUUGAAUAACUAAAAAUAAGUUAAUAUCCGGGAUAUUCGCGCAUGGGAACUGUAAAAUGAUGUUUUACUCGAAUCGGAUCCAAUGUUUGUUUUUUAUUCUCCUAGCAAUAUUGAAAAGCUCUUCAACAUUGCCACCUGUCAUCCGCAUUGUAUGAUACUCGUAGGUGCUAUAUCAUCAGACAAACAAAAUGGUCCAACCGACCAAGCAUUCCAGUACGCUAUAAGCAGGAUUAACCAGGACAAAAGUUUGCUGCCGGACACAAAAUUCUCGUUUGAUUUACAGCAUGUGGCUAAAUAUGAUUCCUUUCAUGCCUGCCAAAAGGUUUGCACACAAAUUAAGUCAGGCGUACAAGCCGUGUUUGGACCAUUUAAUGCUAUAUUGGGUUCUCAUAUUCAUUCCAUAUGUGAUGCUCUCGAUAUACCUCAUUUGGAAACGCGAAUUGAUCUUGAUGUUGCCAAAACGGAGUUUUCUAUUAAUCUGCAUCCGACACAAGAUUACGUGAAUACAGCAUUCGAAGAUGUCAUUCGUUAUUUGAAUUGGACCAGAGCGGGAAUACUUUAUGAGAGAGAUUAUGUUAAAACGACUAUUGAAAUGAGGAAAUAUGGGAAUGAUUUGGCGCCUAUGAAAAGGCAUCCUCUUUUCAGUAUCUGA